AUGGGUAUCAUUUCGGAUGAUUUUCAAAAUGACUUAAACUUAUUAACGUUUGAAUUAUUUGAAUAUGGUAAAGAUUUUGAACAAUAUGGUAAAUUGAAUAACAUUCAACGCCUGUAUAAAAUGGCUGAAAUAUGCCCUAAAUCUACCAUGGAACCAUGGAAAAGAAGCCUUGAAGAUGAAAUAUUCAAAGAAAAUUUAAAAUUAAUUAAUCCAACUAUAAAAGAACGAGAAACAUUAAAAGUCGAGCUUGGAUGUCCGGGGGAUGUUGAUUACCUUCCUGGAAGUUUGAAAAGCAAUCAACUAAAUAAACCAACUUUUGGUUACAAGGAUAGAACUACAAUUCAAGUAAAAAGCACAACUCCAGGACCAGGAACUUAUGGCAAAGGUCAUAUACCUGAUCAAUUAUAUCAAGAGAAAAAAGGGCAAUUUGUCUCAUUUUCAAAUAUACCAGAAUUUGAAAAAUAUCAAUGUGGACGAAAUCCUUGUAAAAUACUUUCGUUAUUAGCACCGAAUCAAUAUUGUCCGGUUGAUAAAACAGCAGUUUCAAUUCGUUUACCUACGAAAAAUGUUAGCAAACGAGGUCCUUAUGAUUUAUUUACAGGUAUAAAUAUGAAAAAAAUUGAAGUAAAUAUUUAUUAG